AUGCAACUCAUCUUUGGAUUGGCCGUGGCCUCCUUGCUCAAGGCCACAACAGCAUUGGUGUCUAAUGGCACGACAGAGACUGUCUUCAUAACCCAAACAGCUUGGUCUACAGUCUUUUCGUGCCCUGCUCCGCAGACAGUUACAGUGUGCAACGCCCAAUGCACAUCUCCACCUCCCAUGCCCGUCAAUAACGCAAACAUCAUCUACCAGACAGUCUCGGAUUGUCAAGCUGGCCAGGUCUUGACCAUCGAUGGCACACAAACCACUCUCGCGCAAGCUACUAUCUUGACUCUGGAAAACACCAUCGCCGAUUUGGUCCUCAAUCCUGCUUCAGUCACAAUUAAUGACUACACUGCUAGUGCCACUCUAACCGAAGUUGUAUACCCGUUGUAUACCGGCAACAGCGGUGAGAUUGUUACUUGCCAAACUGGAGUUACCACCAUCAGUGGUGACAAUGUCGUCCUCAGCAACUGCCCCUGCACGGUACAGUCGACUGUCCUCGAGAUCACUGCGACCGCAACAGGAGCUGUUCCAAGUGCCGUAGUUUCCUCCAGCUACAUCGUCAAGAUCAUAUACAUUUAUGAAGUUGAAGUCAUCGUGGAACAAGUUCCAACUACAAUUACAACGACUGCGACCGAGGUUCUCACGACUGUUCAAACAACGACUCAGACAGGAACCGUAACGACCACCGCUAGCUCCCGUCCUACAAUAGUGACCGUCGAUCGUGUCACCUUCCUGCUGCGAUACGAUACAACCUUCGAUGGCGUUGCUGUUGGUGGGCUACGAAAGCGUCAGACAAUCGGAUCGCCUUUGAUCUCCACCGCUCUGAACGCGUGCCUUGCUCAAUGUGCUGAGCCCAAGAGACUCUGCUGGCGAGAUAUUCGCCAUUGUUAUCCUCAGACCCUCUACAUCAACAAGCUCGGCAUCGUCGAUAAACUCUGCAGCGCCAUCGAACUCGGACUCAUCAACGAGAAUGGCAUCAAGCACAAUGUCCAGAAGUUCGACGCAGAGUGCGAUUUCGAUCUCAAGCGAGAUCUCAUCAUCAACAUCAUCAUCGACACCCACCGGCUCGAGCUCAAAUCCAAGCACUAG